UUACUCUUUCUCUUUCUCUCUCUCUGUCACUACGCGUACCUGACAACUGUUUGGAAACACCUGCCUACUCAGUUUCAAAUUGUUGAUUAUUCUGGAAUACACAGCUUGGUGUUUCUCUGUAUCAGAAAGUGUUUGAAUUGAUUUCUAAAGCAUCGAAAAAUCAACGGAGCGCCGAAAAUUGAGAUAAAAUGGAGGGAUCCGAUGUUCUGCACGUGGAAAUCUGUCAAAAUAUCGACAGCAUGCUGUCCACACAGGCAAUAGAGGAUUUAGUGUAUGCUGAAAUAAACACGUUGAACGAUGUUGCAUUAGACACCAUCAUGUAUGGGAAAGACCUGACAAAUUCCAUUUUACAGAUUCACGUUGAUUCUAUAAUAUGUACUUGCAGUCACGGAGAGUUACAGAGAAGUCACAUGAAAAUACAAGGAGCUACUCUAAAGUUUCACGUGUACAGAUUAACCACAGAGUCUGCAGCUACAGAGACAAUGAAAAACGAUGACGAGGAUAUCCCAGCUUCAUCCCAUUGGAUGUUACCAGCGCAGGAGUUCCAUCAUCUGUGGGAGAGUCUUUAUUUCGACUGCAACAUAAAGGAAAACUUACUUCAUUUUGUGGAAACGGCGAUGAUAUUUGCAGACCAUAACGUUGACACUAACAUUAUUAGUUGGAAUAAAGUGGUAUUACUGUAUGGGCCACCGGGUACAGGGAAAACCAGCUUGUGUAAAGCACUUGCUCAGAAGGCUAUUAUUCGCUUGGGCAACAGAUUUGCUUAUGGUGAACUAGUAGAAAUAAACAGCCACAGUUUAUUUUCAAAGUGGUUUUCAGAGAGUGGUAAAUUAGUUAUGAAAUUGUUCAGUGAAAUCAAAACUCUUCUAGAAAAUCCGCAAGCAUUAGUCUGCAUUUUGAUUGACGAGGUAGAAUCCUUGGCGCACGCACGAAAGUCCUGCAGCAACGGUGCGGAACCCACAGACUCUAUAAGAGUAGUGAAUGCCCUACUAACACAGCUGGAUCAAAUAAAACGAUAUCCAAAUAUCUUAAUCCUAACAACCAGCAAUUUGUCGCAGGCCAUUGACUUGGCAUUCGUCGACAGAGCCGAUAUAAAACAAUACAUAGGACAUCCAACGUAUCAAGCUAUAUACAAAAUUUAUGCUUCCUGUCUCAAGGAAUUAAUGAGGACAAAACUGAUGGAACCGGAAGAAAUUUACGAUUUGUCAAUGUUAAAAAAGAUGGGCUACGAAGAGACGCCUCAGUCGAAAUGUAGUCUGAAGUUAAUGGAACUCAGUCAGGAGAGCAUGGGGCUGAGCGGACGAGUUUUAAGAAAAAUGCCGUUCCUGGCCCACGCUUUUUAUCUGAGAACGAAAAAAUGCACGUUAAGCCGAUUUUUAAGAGCCAUGCAUUUGGCGAUCGAGAGAGAAAAAGAGAACAAUACGCAAGAAGGAUUCUGAAAGGUAUUCUUUCCAGAGUCUUAAUUAUCCUUUUACUUUUCUAACGCAAUAUUCAGUAUUAUAUAUUUAUUUAAUGCUUUUCUCAUCCUAUAUUAUUUUUUAUAAUAUAAAAACAUGUACGCAUUUUAUCCAAA